AUGAGAACAUUCCUAAGCUUAUCCCCACUACUUCUCCCAAUAUUCUCUUCGCGUUCUAUCGCUGUUGUACCCUGCCAAAAUACACCAACAUCAAGGGGAUGCUGGGGCGAGCAUAAUAUUUCCACGGACUACUACGCUGUAACGCCUGAUACUGGAGUUAUUCGUGAAUACUGGCUAUCAGUGCAGAACUGUACGUUGGCACCCGAUGGCUACGAGCGACAGGUUUUGGUGUUCAACGGUAGCUACCCAGGGCCUACAAUAGAGGCAGACUGGGGCGAUACACUGAUUAUCCAUGUCAGGAAUGAACUUACGGAUAAUGGUACUGCCAUCCACUGGCACGGCGUGCGACAGCAUGGCACGAACGAACACGACGGCACCCCUGGCAUCACUCAAUGCCCGAUUGCUCCUGGCGAUAAGAUGACGUACAAAUUUCGUGCCACCCAGUACGGAACGUCGUGGUACCACUCGCAUUGGAGCCUGCAACUGGCAGAUGGGCUAUACGGACCAAUCGUCAUUCACGGUCCCGCAACAGCCAACUACGACGUGGAUCUGGGCCCUGUUGUCAUAACAGACUGGUAUCACCAGAGCGCGUUUAAAUUAUGGACAGAAAAGACCAUGUAUGGAGGGUUCCCGGUCCGAUCCAACGCCAUCGCCGCGAACGGACUCAUCAACGGAACAAACACAUAUCCAUGCGAAGACUCAAAUGACCCAUCAUGUUUGGGGACGGGGCAGCACUCAGAGACUGUAAUUCAAAAGGGAAAACGGUACCUCAUCAGGCUGAUUGAUGCUGAGAUUGAUGGAUGGAUGAAGUUCACUAUUGACAGGCAUAAACUUACGGUUAUUGCAGCGGAUUUCGUUCCCAUUGAACCUUAUCAGACCGACAGUGUGAUAAUAACCUCUGGACAGCGGUAUGAUAUUGUCAUAGAAGCUGACCAGGGCAUUGGGAGUUACUGGAUGCGCGCAAUAUUCCAGACGGCAUGCAACGAGCAGGAGAUUGAAAGGAAUGAUAUUCGCGGCAUUAUCCGCUACGAAAGCGCAACUGAUGAGGGCAACCCAACUAGUAAAAAAUGGCCUACAAUAACAGAUUCGUGUGGUGAUGAGCCAUAUGAGAGCCUGGUGCCAUACGUGGCCAAGGAUGUUGGGAGCGCCGACCACAAGGAGAACCUCGACAUCGGGUGGUUCUAUGAAACAGACCUUGUUUACCACUGGGCGAUCAAUACCAAGGCACUGGAUAUUGACUGGCAGCGACCGACCAAUUUGAUGAUAUAUCAUAAUGAGUCGGUGUUUCCAACAGAGUACAAUGUGUACGAGAUCCCCAGUGACAACGAGUGGACGUACUGGGUAAUACAGGAUCUGGGUCUUGUGGAUGCAUACCAUCCUUUUCAUCUCCAUGGACAUGACUUUUACAUUCUCGCCCAAGGCAUCGGACUGUAUACCGAUCUGACUGUCAGAUUGAACCGCAACAACCCUCCCCGGCGAGACACGGCUACGAUGGCCGGAUCUGGAUAUCUUGUCAUCGCAUUUAAAAAUGACAACCCAGGCUCCUGGCUCAUGCACUGCCAUAUAGCCUGGCAUUCGAGCCAAAGUUUAGCACUUCAAUUUGUGGAGCGGCAGUCAGAAAUACCAAAAUUGGUAGGACUAGUAUCAGAUAAUUUUGAAACAAUUUGUGAGAACUGGAAGGCAUACUACAAGAGCGCGAUAUACACGCAAGACGACUCGGGGGUCUAG